AUGUCGACGCUGGAAAUGGCCGGUUCGACACCUGAGGCACCGACAUCAGAAAACGAUGGCGAGGACGAGAACAUCGACACGCUCAUUGACGAACUCCGAUCACUCGAUGGCCACAGCGACCUUGAUGGACCGGGUCCGAGCGAAACAUGUCCUUCUGCUGGCAUAUCUCGAGACUUCCCCGAGGUAGACAGCAAAAUUGGCCUGAGUGAGGAUGAAGUUGCACAACGCCGUAGAAAAUAUGGAUUGAACCGAAUGAAAGAAGAGAAGCAAAACAUGUUCGUGAAGUUUCUGUCAUACUUUGUGGGCCCGGUUCAGUUUGUCAUGGAGGCUGCAGCGAUUUUGGCGGCUGGCCUGCGAGAUUGGGUGGAUUUUGGUGUCAUCUGUUCUCUGCUCCUGCUCAAUGCAUCUGUGGGGUUCAUUCAAGAAUUCCAAGCGAGCUCGAUUGUGGACGAGUUGAAGAAGACGCUGGCUCUGAGAGCGGUCGUCUUGCGUGGUGGCACACUGAUGGAGAUCGAUGCUUCGGAGGUUGUUCUAGGAGAUAUCUUGGAGAUAGAAGAGGGUACUAUCAUCGCUGCCGAUGGCCAGGUGCUGUCAAGCAGUGCCCUUCAAGUGGAUCAAUCCAGAAUAACCGGCGAAUCUCUUGCAGUAGACAAGCAUGAAAAUGACAUCUGCUAUGCCUCGUCCGCGGUGAAACACGGUACCGCACGACUUGUGGUCACGGAUAUUGGUGAUUCCACUUAUGUGGGACGGGCUGCAGCAUUGGUUCAUGCGGCCUCAUCUGGCACAGGCCACUUCACGGAAGUUCUGAACGGCAUCGGAAUUGUCUUGUUGGUCCUGGUGGUCUUAACUUUGCUCGUGGUGUGGGUUUCCUCGUUCUAUCGAUCUAACGGUAUUAUCACAAUUCUCGAGUUUACCUUGGCCAUUACGAUUAUCGGCGUGCCUGUCGGUUUGCCAGCUGUGGUGACCACCACCAUGGCUGUGGGUGCCGCUUACUUGGCCAAGAGAAAAGCGAUUGUGCAGAGGCUUUCUGCAAUCGAGUCUCUUGCCGGCGUUGAGAUCCUCUGCUCCGACAAAACCGGAACAUUGACGAAGAAUAAACUCUCCCUGUCCGAGCCCUUCACCAUGCCUGGUGUCGACCCCGAGGAUCUCAUGCUCACGGCCUGCUUAGCCGCCUCGCGCAAAAAGAAAGGCUUAGAUGCAAUUGACAAAGCAUUCAUUCGCGCACUAUCUGGCUACCCCAAAGCAAAAGCGGCUCUUACUCAGUAUAAGAAACUGGCAUUUCAUCCAUUCGAUCCCGUCUCCAAGAAGGUCACAGCAGUGAUGCGGUCUCCUCAAGGAGAACGAAUAGUCUGCGUUAAAGGGGCCCCUCUUUUCGUGCUGAGGGCAGUAGAAACGGAUCAUCCUAUUCCGGACGAGCUUCAGACGGCGUACAAGAACAAAGUGUCCGAGUUUGCAUUGCGUGGCUUUCGCUCCCUCGGCGUGGCUCGCAAGCGCGGCCAUAGCCAGUGGGAAAUCCUAGGCAUUAUGCCCUGCUCAGACCCUCCAAGGCAUGACACGGCAAAGACUAUUCACGAAGCGAAGACUCUGGGUUUGUCCAUUAAGAUGCUGACAGGAGAUGCCGUGGGGAUCGCCAAAGAGACCUCUCGGCAGCUUGGGCUAGGAACCAACGUAUACGAUGCGGAGCGCUUAGGCCUUGGGGGAAGAGGAACCAGCAUGUCCGGAUCCGAGGUCUAUGAUUUCGUCGAGGCUGCGGACGGUUUUGCAGAAGUCUUUCCGCAGCACAAGUACAACGCCGUAGAUAUUCUCCAGCAACGUGGAUACCUGGUGGCCAUGACGGGGGAUGGUGUCAACGAUGCCCCGUCCCUCAAGAAAGCAGACGCCGGGAUUGCCGUCGAAGGCUCCUCAGAUGCAGCGCGAUCCGCGGCGGAUAUUGUGUUUUUGGCCCCGGGAUUGUCGGCCAUCAUCGACGCUUUGAAAACCUCGCGACAGAUCUUUCACCGAAUGCACGCCUACGUGGUUUAUCGGAUUGCCCUGUCAUUACAUCUCGAGAUCUUCCUGGGACUCUGGAUCGCCAUCAUGAACGAGAGCUUGAAUUUGCAGCUUGUGGUUUUCAUUGCCAUCUUCGCCGACAUCGCAACACUGGCAAUUGCAUACGACAAUGCCCCGUAUUCGAAGACCCCGGUGAAAUGGAAUCUUCCCAAGUUGUGGGGUAUGUCGGUUCUUCUCGGCAUCGUGUUGGCAACUGGCACCUGGAUUGCACUGUCCACCAUGAUAUCAGAGGGCGAGGACGGAGGAAUUGUGCAGGAUUAUGGAAAACGAGACGAAGUCCUAUUCCUGGAGAUCUCCCUGACGGAGAAUUGGCUCAUUUUCAUCACACGUGCGGAGGGACCGUUUUGGUCGUCGAUUCCCUCAUGGCAGCUGGCGGGUGCUGUUCUGGUAGUCGACUUAGUAGCGACUUUCUUCUGCGUUUUCGGUUGGUUUGUCGGCGGUCAGACUUCGAUCGUGGCGGUGAUACGCAUCUGGGUAUUCUCGUUUGGCGUCUUUUGCAUCAUGGGGGGUCUUUACUAUCUGCUGCAAGGCUCGACGGCUUUUGAUCGCAUCAUGCAUGGUCAAAGCCCCCGAGCCCACACGAUCAAGCAGCGCCAGCUAGAAGACUUUAGUAAGAAGCGCCCUCGGUCUGCACGGUUUAGCCCUCUAAGCUAA